GGCGGGCCGGGGCAGCUAUGGCGCUGCCGCUCCUGCCCGGGGCCUCCCGCCACCGGAACAUAGGGAAAGAAAAGUUCCACAAGUCACAGCACUGGGGUUACUGCAAUAAUGUUGCUAUGCUGGUUGGAGAAGAUAAACCUGGAAUAGGAGGUGAACCGUUACCUGGUCAGAAGCUGAAACCUAAAUACAGUGUGUUUCCUGAAGGGAUGGGAAGUGAUGCUCCUGCUUGGGUAGCAUUUGACAAGCAGGUAUUGUCUUUUGAUGCCUAUUUUGAGGAGGAAGUGCCUGACAAAAAUCAAGAGCUGUAUAGAAUCAGACAUUGUAAAAUAUACUUCUACCUUGAAGAUGAUACAAUUCAAGUGAUUGAACCCCAAGUGAAAAAUAGUGGCAUAACUCAAGGAACUAUUGUUCAACGGCAUCGAAUUCCACUUCCACCUCCUCAUGAAGAUCAGUUCUAUACUAUAGAUCAUUUCAAUAUCAACAUAGAAGUAAUCCUUUAUGCCCGAAAAUAUAAGAUUAUAGAUUGUGACCAGUUUACAAAAAAUUUCCUGAGGAAGAUGGGAGUUAGAUUAAAUCCUCCCACAGGUCGUCCAGAUGACCCGUACACCAAAGAGCGGCAAAAGAUUCUGGAUAGCAUGAAGCCAUUGCGCCCUUAUGAGCGCAUUGACACUUUGAAACAAUUUCUGGAGCAUGAUGGACAUGUUUUACGUUUUUUCUGUGUGUGGGAUGACCCAGAAUCCAUGUUUCAUGACCCACGGGAACUUGUUCUGCACUAUUAUUUGUCUGAUGAUACUAUUGAUAUAAAAGAAAUUAUACCAGUAAACUCAGGCCGGGAUGCCGUUCCACUUUUCCUCAGAAGAGAUAAGCUUCCAAAGUAUGCUCCCACCGGGCUGUAUCAGCUGGGCACGAUCACCAGUCGCACUGUUCUCAAUGUGUUUGGAAAGUUAGUAGGAAACAGAGGCCGUUACAUUCUGGACAAUCGUAAGACAGGAGCAGUGCAUCAGGAAUUUUACAGAGACAGUGACCUGAAAAUAGGAGCCGUAAUUAAUGUUUGGGGAAGGAAGAUAAUACUCUGUGAUUGUGAUGAAUUCACUAAAGAAUAUUACAGGACAAAGUACGGAAUCGAGGAUUUCACCCCAGUUCCAUAUAAGGCUCUACCACCUCCAAAACCAGAAAAAACGUUUCCUCCUUAUACUGGAUUUGGUUCCGAAGAGGAUUCUCUGUGCUCCUGUAUGGGUCUGCUUCCCAAGCCUCCCCAAAAAGAUUUCAAGAAAUUCAUGGAGAAAGACAGAAGUGGCAUGGAAAGUAACAUACUGCGUUUUCUUGCAAAACUCGUCACAGAUAGUCCUAUUGACAAAGAUCGGAAAUUCAUUAUUUCCUACUUCCUGAGUGAUGAUACCAUUUCAGUUUUUGAACAUAUGCAGCAAAACACAGGGAUACUUGGUGGGAAGUUCUUGGAAAGAGGUCGCAUUAAGAAGCCUGGGCAGGAGCUCUUUAAGAGUGAGCCAUCUGAAUACUUCAAAGCUCAGAAUCUGUUUGUUGGAGCCAGAGUUUGUUUCCAUGGUCACAACUUUCUUUUGGUGGAUGCUGAUGAGUACACGUUCAACUACAUGGAGAAGCAUGCAAAUGAGUUCUCCAUGGCUGAUAUUGGUGUCAUCCUCAAGAAACUGAAAGACGUAUCCAAACCUCAUUCCCGAGAAAUCAGACAGAUGUUUGCAGCCACUGACCCUGAGCAUACCAAGGUGAUUGAGUAUGACCCUUUCAGAAAUUUGAUAGUCAGUAUCACUGAUGGAGCGUUUUCAGAACAUGAAAUUAUGACUCUCGGGCGCUAUUACAGUGUGAGAGAUGAAUAUGAAAUGGACCUCCACUUCCUCCUUGCAGUGGCUCAAGAACAGCUUAAGAAAAAUAGCUUUGAGAAUUUUGAACAACUGUCUGCGGUGCUUACGUACAACGACCGUGAAAAAUGUGGAGUGCUGCCUCAUGAGAUGUGCAGGACUAUUUGCAAGUCCUUUAAGUUGCCACUGGCUGAUGCUGAUCUGCAAGCUUUACUGACCAUGUUUGAAGAUGACCAUAAGCAAGUGAAAUAUAAAAAGUUCGUGGAUGGGCUGAACUGGAGAGAAAAUCAAGUCCCUGCUUUCCAGACGAUAAAGUUUCCUCUCAAGAAUGAAGAUGACUGGAGCGGACAACCACCAUCCUUUCCUGUGAAAGCAGUCAAAUACUUACCUCUUCUGGAUGAUCUGUUUGGCAAGGAAGAAUAAUCUGAUCUGUGCAAGGCACUGCUUUUGGAUUAGUGCUUCAGCUCCAAAGCUUACUUAGACAGAUACUGAAAACAUUCCUUGUAAAACAAAAAAAUCAGAUAUAGGUUUUAUUGCAUUUAAUUUCUUAUUCCAACAUAGAUGUAUACUUUGUGUGUUUUUGUAACUCCUUUUAAAUCAACAGUACUCUUUCAUACUUAUAUAAGCAUAAUUAAAACUGUAU